AUGCGAAUUCUUAUGGUUGGUCUAGAUGCUGCCGGGAAAACGACCAUCCUUUAUAAAUUAAAGCUUGGCGAAAUAGUUACCACCAUCCCAACGAUUGGGUUCAAUGUGGAAACCGUCGAGUAUAACAAGGUCAACUUUACCGUUUGGGAUGUCGGCGGUCAAGACAAGAUCCGUCCGCUCUGGCGCCAUUAUUUCCAGAACACUCAAGGGCUAAUAUUUGUUGUUGAUAGUAAUGAUCGAGAAAGAAUCUCCGAGGCGCAACAAGAGUUAUCGCGGAUGCUAGCCGAAGACGAGCUUCGCGACGCCGUCCUUUUAGUGUUUGCCAACAAGAAAGACCUUCCAAAUGCCAUGAACACUGUUGAGCUUACGGAAAAAUUAGGACUCCCCGGUCUUCGCUCGCGCGGAUGGUUUAUUCAGCCCACGUGCGCAACGACUGGCGAGGGGCUAUAUGAAGGGCUUGAUUGGCUAUCCAACAACAUUACUUCUAAAAAAUAG